GAACAUAACCGUAAACCCCGUUAAAGACAUCAGUCUGCGGCACCUCACUACACACCUCUUUUAAAUCCAAGUUGCCUCUUGGCAGUUGUGGCAGGCACCAUUUUUCUCUUCCUUUAUUACACAGAUGACAUCCCCUUUAGUUUUCCCACAACCCCUUUUCACCAUUUCACUUUGCAGAUCGUAGUUUCUUUCUCUGUUGCUUGUGUUUUUUUGGAGGGUGGAAAGGUGGAUUUUUAAAAGGAUGAAGAUUCAGUGUAACGCGUGUGAAUCAGCAGAGGCGAGGGUUUUGUGCUGUGCGGACGAGGCAGCUCUUUGUUGGUCAUGUGAUGAUAAAGUUCAUGCUGCAAAUAAACUUGCUAGUAAGCACCAGAGAGUUUCUCUUUCUGCUUCAUCUUCACCCAUGCCCAAGUGUGACAUCUGCCAGGAAACUGUUGGCUAUUUCUUUUGCCUUGAGGAUCGGGCUUUGCUCUGCCGAAAAUGUGACAUUUCUAUUCACACAGCAAAUGCUUAUGUCUCGGCACAUCGAAGAUUUUUGCUGACCGGAGUCAAAGUUGGACUUGAACCUAUCAAUCCUGCUGCAUCAGCAUCCUCAGGGAAUUCACAUUCUGUUAAGAAGGCGGUGGAGAAAGAAUCUCCUCCAAUUUCAUCAAAUGCUCUGUGUAAUGACUUAUUACCGGUCCGGCCUAGUGGGGUUGAGGAUUUUGCACCUGGUAUUCUUCCAUUGGUUGGAGGUGCUACGGCUGGAAUCAUUCCACAAUGGCAGUUUGAUGAACUUCUUGGAAUGGGUGAUUUCAAUCAGAAUUACGGAUACAUGGAGUGUGGAUCAUCUAAGGCUGACGAUGGAAUGGUUGGAGAAUCAGAUAGCUCCCCUAUCUUAAGAGAUGCUGAAGUUGAAGGUGAUGAGUGCUUAGUUGAGGUGCCGGAGACAUGUUGGGAUGUGCCACGAAUUCCUUCGCCACCUACAGCUUCUGGACUUUACUGGCCGGCGAAAAAUCUCCAGAAUCCAUUUGAUUCUGCGGUGUUAGAGUCUGUUGUUAGUUGCUCCUCUAUGCAGAACUUUCAACAUCAACAAUCAAAUGGUUCUGGCAAAAGGAGAAGGGCCGUUUAGCGCAUUCUCCCCAAGUUUUUACAUUAGGUACUGAAUAAAAUGUUUAGGCACUGAUCAUGUUAGGAUAUAGCGACAAGUGGUAGUUUAUGUUUAGUUUGAGCAACUGUCUACCUCUUCCUGGUUCAAGUUGUCUUCCUUGCAAGGCUGGUCGUAUAAAUGAUUCCGAUAACUGCUGAACGUAUGGGUUUAGCUCAACGCCCCAGCGGUCGUGCAAAGAAUCAUGUUAUAGAAAAUACCAAUGGAUUCUUCGGGGUAUUUGGUGUUACCCUCGUCUUCAAACUUGUCUUUGGAUGGAAGGAAGUGCUUGCUCAGGCAUACGGGUAAACGAAGUGGCCGUGGUGGCCUACUUUUUUACUAUCGCAUGAAUGUUGGAAUUAGUCCAGUUUUGAUGCUUGCGGUAAGCUAAAUUGGUGUAUGAUGGAUGCAUCGUUCAAAUAUUACAAGUUGUGGAUCUCGAGUUUAGCCGCAGAAGAAUAGCUUCAUAGUUCUAGUUACAGAAUGAUGUUGUGGCUAACAGCUGUUUGUGGCCACUUGUAGCUAUAUAUAACAGAUAAUGAUCAGCUUAUGAAUGGAUAUCAUCUGUUUUUGCUUCA